AAUGAACGAGGAACCGUAUACCCAUGAGAAUUUGGUCGCCAAAAUCAAACCAAAUCGAAAUGAUCCUGAGGCAAGUACCGGCAAUUCAUGCAGCACUAGCAUUAGUGAGGAAAGCUUGGCCAGCCAAAGGAGCAGUAAUCCCAUAGUAGCAAAUGAUACUGCACCGACUGCUCGUUGGGGGAUCUAUCUGAUUGAGCCCUUGAUAUUGAUACUCUUAUUUGCCUACAAUUUCUCAUCCACCAUAUUUAAGAAUCAAGUAAUAUAUCAAAGCUGCACUGCGGGCUUGGGUUAUCCAGAUGCAGUGUGUCUACUCUUGGGCACAAAAAACUCGACGAAUGAGACAAAGAAAAUUGAAGCCGAGGUUCAGCCAUAUGCAGCUCGUGUUAUGCUGACAAUCAAAUUGGUGGAGUGUCUAGUUCCAGCAUUUUGUGGCCUCUUUGCCGGGGCCUGGGCAGAUCGCUAUGGACGCAAACCGCUACUAAUGGCCUCCUUUUUGGGCUAUUCGAUGCAGUACUUAAUUUCAUCGAUCAUUGCCUAUUUGGCCAUGGAAAAUCACGGUAUGAUUACUCCCUGGCUUUACAUACUCACCAUAAUCCCUCUCAGCCUGAUGGGUAGUAGUGUAACCUAUUCCGCUGCUGCUGUCUGUUUCAUUGGCGAUGUAUCUUCGGAAAAAAUGAGAUCCUAUAGACUGAUUGCCUAUGAAAUGUCCAUUUAUGUAGGCUUGCUCUUAGGUAGUUUUGCCUCUGGAUACGUUUACGAGGAUCUCAAUUCCCAGUCUUACAUCGUCUUUGCAAUUUCUUCUGUCUCUAUACUUGUCGGAUUGUUCAUUAUGAUGCUGUUCCUGCCCGAGAGUUUACCUACCCAACCACAAGUGACACCGACAACGUCUUUGACUGGCUUGCUCAAGGACAUGGGGAGAAGCUGCUGCAAGCCUCGACAAUUCAAGGAUCGCUCGAUUAUCAUAUUACUUAUGUGUAUAUUGCUGUUGACUGCUUUUGUCGCCGAUGGCAGCAAUUCUGUGUUCUACUUGUUCAUGAGAGCUCAGUUUCAUUGGACAGUCAAGGAGUUUACAAACUAUGAAUCUGUCAGCAUUUUGGUGCCGGCUUUAGCUGGAUCUGGUGGCAUGCUCUUUCUCUGGUCCCUUAGAAAGUGCACCAGGAAUUCGGCUAUACUUUGGCUGGCCUUCAUUUCGCUGCUGAGUCAUGUGAGUAGCAGUCUAAUGCGAGCUUUUGCCUUUGUGGAUUGGCAGAUCUAUGUGGCCAUUGGACUGGGAGCUCUCAAAUCUCUGGUGAAUCCCAUGUGUCGAACGGCAAUAACCAGUCUAUUGCCAGCAGAUGAGCGAGGCAAAAUAUUUGCCCUAUUGGACGUAGUACGGAAUCUCACCCCGUUUGUAUCCUCGAGUGUGUACAUUGUCAUCUAUAGCUUAACAUUGAGCAGUGCCCCAAGUCUGUUUAAUUUGUUCAGUGCUAAUUUCUAUGGACUGGCCAUUGCUCUGUUGCUUGUGGUUUGGCGCUUAAAAUCAACACAACAAUCGGAACACUACGACCCGGUUUUCAGAUGAUCAAAAUCAACCACAAGCAUGACUAUUCAAAACGAAUUGGUUGCGACUUUGGGUACUUCCCUUAUUAAGUUUGUAUGUAAAAUGUAUAAACUUAUUUGCAUAAAUGAUAAAUAAUAAAUCACAUAUGAAUGUAUUUUGUGGUUGGCCCAUGUAAACAGCCAAAAACCUCAAACUAGAUUUCAAUGGA